CGUAGCCGUAUUAGCUCUCUUAGUUUAGAUGCAGGCAGAGGACGCCUAGGGGCGCAACAUACAAACUUUGCCCGUGCGUGCCCGACAAAAAUGCGAGCCUGUUGACCAAAAGUACCCUUGCCUACACAUUGCAUAGCUGCAUGGAGUGCGGCUAUUUCCAACGGCACGGCCUCUGGGCGGCCGAGCAUCGCGAGCAUGGCGUCUUCAUUGCGCCGCGCGUUGGCGCCAACUGGGUGCUGUGUCCCGCGCUUGCCGCCGAGCUGCUCCGACUCCAUGAUGGAGGCAGUGGAGCAGGGCUUUUCAAACGCGAGGCGCACAGAAAGUCGCUGCUCGCCGAAGCCCUCACUGGAGUCAGCGGCGACACAUGGUCACGUCAGCGCCCGGCCGUGGUCGCGGCUGCAGGCGGGGGGCCAAGCCAGCAGACCGCUCGGCACAAGGAGGCUGUGAGCGUGGCUGUGGAUCUGGGUUUAGGGCUUGUGGCGAGCUUGCUGAUGGCAGGGGAGGCGGCGGCAGCCACUGGGGAGGGGGGCGCCGGCGGAGGAGCAGGAUCCGGCAGCGGUAGGGUGCCGCUGCCGCCGGUGCUACCCCCUCCCGUGAUGUCCGCGUCUCCCGCUGGGCCCGUUCCCCAUGGCACCAGCAAGCCCACGUCCACCACAACCACAACCACCAGCACAACCACAACCAGCAUCGCCACCACCAAUACCAGCGCUGCCAAUGCCGCCGCUAGCGCCGAAGCCGCCGAAGCCGACUCCUCCGGCGCGGCCUUCCACGCGCCCAGCCCCGGGCCCGGGGUGGUGUGUGCCCUGGACCUGGCGUCUGUGAUCGCCGCCCGUGCCAUCGUGGCCGCGGUGCUGGGACCGGAGGCAGAGGCUUCCCCCAGAAGCGCCUCGGCGGCCACACGCGGCCGAGUGGAGUUCUACCUGUCUGAGUUCACGCGGAGGUCGCGCACUCCCCGCGAUGUCCGUGACUUUCCCGCCUGCGAGCGCCUGCAGCAGCGGCUGGGCGAGGCGGUGGACGCGGAGGCGGACCGGCUGCUGGCGGCCUGGGCGGCAGAGGCGGCAGCAGCGGCAGCAGCGGCAGCAGCGGCAGAGGCGGCGACAGCGACAGGGGCGGCAGCAGCGGCAGCACCGGCAGCAGCGGCAGAGGCGGCGACAGCGACAGGGGCGGCAGGGGGCGUGCGUGCAGUUGGCGAGGGGGCAGGGGGCGAGCGGGCCGGGGGCGAGGGGGCGGGUGCCGCCGGAGCUUCAGCCACACAGCAACAGCAGCGGCACCAGCAGCAGCACGCGGCGCUGCUGCCGCGGCUGCUGUGUCGGCCGGAGCUGUCUCGGGCGGAGGCGGUGGCCAACUGCCACAGCUGCUUGUUGGCGGGGUACGAGACCACCGCACACACACUGGCGUGCUGCCUGCUGCACCUGGGGCAGCGGCCGCAGGUGCAAGAGGUGGUGCGUCGGGGCCUGGCUAAGCCUGGCGCCACAGCGGCGGGUGCUGCUGGAACCGGCGCAGCCACCACCACCACCGCCACAGGACAAGUCAGAGCCGGAGCCGGAGGCGGCGGCGGAGCCACAGCAGCAGGUGCUGGAGGCCGCGCCACCGCCAUCGCCACCGCCCCAAGCGGCAUGGCACUGCUGGGUGCGGUGAUCAGGGAGACGCUGCGAGUCAACCCGCCCGUCAUCGGGCUGCCGAGGGUGGUGUCCGCGCCGGGCGGCAUCACUGUGCGGCUGCCCGCCGGCUCAAGUGGUGGAGGAGGAAGAGGAGGGGGAGGAGGCGGAGGAGGUGGAGGUGGAGGCGAGGAGAAGGGGCCUGCUUCGACGUCUGGCGCAGUGGUGAGCAAGGUGGCAGACCACGUAGGCGCGGCGUCAGGGUCAGGAGUAGGGUCAGGAUCAGGGUCAGGAGCAGCGGAAACAGGAGCAGCGGCAGCAGCGGGAGCAGCAGGAGUUGGUGUGGUGCUGGGGUUGGGGCAGGGGCCGGGGCAGCAGGGGCAGGGGCAAAUGUGUGUGCGCGAGCUAUACCUGCCGGAGGGGCUGCCGUUCACGGUGGACUUGUGCUCGGCCGCGCACGGCUGGCGGAGGCCGCGGCCACAGCAGGGGCAGGAGGAGGGGCAGGGGCAGGGGCAGGAGGAGGGGCAGGGAUCACCGCAGCAGCAGGAUGGGCAUGGGAAACAUCAGGGUCAACAGCAGCAGAACUGGCAGGCGCAGCAGGGGCAGCAGGCGCGGUGGCCAGACGUGUUCUACAACCCGGCAGCGGUGGCGGCCGGCGUGAGGGCGAUGGCGGCGCAAGCGGCCAAGAUGCUCGAGCACAGGGCAGCAGCAGCAGCAGCUGCAGCAGCUGGCGCUGCGGUUGCCGGUGCUGCGGACGGCGCUGGCUCAGCUGCUGCAAUCGGUGGUGGGGCGGCGGGUGCGGGCGCAGUUGCGGAUGCCUCAGCUGCUGUGGAGCUGGCGGGAGGGGAGAGGGCCGGCGCGGGCGGCGGUGGCGCCAAGGGGCGCCCUGCUCCAUCAUCUGCUCCGCACUCAGGUGAUCGCGGCAGUAGUGGUGGUGGUGGUGGUGGCGGCAGGGGCGGCGGCCUAUUCGCAUCCCUCUUGAGGAGCUGCUGGUCUGGCGGCGGGGGCGGCGGCCGACGCACGUUCAGCCCCGCUGCGGCCCGCCCGCCCUGGGAGGUCGCCAGCCAGGGCGCAGCAGCAGGCUCCAGGCCCAAUGCCUCGAGGCCCACUCACCAGCAGCACCUACAGCAUCCGCCGCAGCAGCAGCCACAGCCGCGGAUACCGGGGCCUGGGGAGUGGGACCACGGCUCCUGGGAGUGGGACCCCACCCGCACGGCGGCGCCGGCGGGCGCCGUCGGCGCCGACGGGGCCGCGCCGAGCGACCCCUUUGCCGAAGCGCGCCCCUUCGGCAUCGGGCCGCGCGCCUGCCCGGCUGGGUCGUUGUCGGUUGUGAUUGUACGGGAGGCGCUGGCGGCGCUGCUAACGAAAUACCGUUGGCGUUUGUACGACGAGGUGGGGGACCGCGACUGGAUGAGCGGCGCGGUGUCGACGCCGACCAUGGCGUUUCGGCCGCCGCUGCGCGUGGUGUUCGCGCGGGUCGUGGAGGACGGAGGGGAAUCUUCAUAAUGGUGUUCACGAUGGCGGUGAGAUAGCGCCACAUGCUUACAUUUUUGGCAGGUGCUAGUCGUGUGCGAGCCCUUGAGUGAAGCCAGGGUUUGU